UUGGCGGCCAGCUCGCUUUCUUAGUUUUGGCUCUCGCGGGGCUGCUGGAGGAAGAUGGCGGCCGAGCUAGUGGAAGCGAUGAACAUGGUGAAGAGUUUCCGGGUGUCGGACCUGCAGACGCUGCUGUCCUCCAUGGGCCGCAGCAAGAGCGGGCUGAAGCAGGACCUGGUGGGCCGGGCCCUGCGGCUGGUGCAGAGCGAGUGCAGCCCGGAGCUGCUCAAGACCAUCCGCCAGCUGUACGAGUCGCGCUUCCCCAAGAGUCUUUGUUCUUUUCUGCCCCGCGUCCCUUCCUGGUUUCUGCCGAGUCACUCCAGCUGUGUGCUCCUCUGCAGGAUCUGCUACACGGACACCAGCUGCCCACAGGAGGACCAGUAUCCCCCCAACAUCGCUGUCAAAGUGAACCAGGGCUACUGCCACGUCCCGGGCUACUACCCCUCCAACAAGCCGGGCGUGGAGCCGCGCCGCCCCUGCCGCCCCAUCAACAUCACGCCCUGGCUGCACCUGUCCACCGCCACCAACCGGGUCACCGUCACCUGGGGCAACUUCGGCAAGCGGUACUGCGUGGCGCUCUACCUGGUCCAGGUGUUCACGUCGGCGGAGCUCUUCAGCAAGUUGAAGCGCUUCUCGGUGGAGAGUGCAGAACGCUGCAGAGAACUCAUCCAGGACAAGUUGCGGUUCGACCCCGACAGCGAGAUCGCGACCACGGGCCUGAGGGUGUCGCUCAUCUGUCCGCUGGUGAAGAUGCGCCUGGGCGUGCCGUGCCGCGUGCUGACCUGCGCCCACCUGCAGUGCUUCGACGCCGUGUUCUUCCUGCAGAUGAACGAGAAGAAGCCCACCUGGACCUGCCCCGUGUGCGACAAGCCCGCGCCCUUCGAGCUGCUGAUCAUCGACGGGCUGCUGUCGGAGAUCCUGAAGGAGACCGAGGACGUGGAAGAGAUCGAGUACCUGGCCGACGGCUCCUGGCGCCCCAUCCGGGCGGAGAAGGAGAAGGAGAGGGACAGAGAGAGGGAGCGCAGCAACACGCCAGAGUGCCCCCUGCUGGACAUGUGCUCCCCGGAGGCGAACGGCCACUCCCCGGCCCACAGCAGCACCAGCCUGAGCGGCAAGACAGCAGUGGGCGGAGCUCCGGCCGUGGUGGACCUGACGCUGGACUCCUCCUCGGAGGAGGAGGAGGGAGGUGGGGCGGGGGACAGCGAGGACACAGAGGACAGUCAGGACAGCCCUCCCCCCAAGAGGGGGCGCUACGGCUACGACAAGGACCUGGUCACUGCUUACUGACCGUCGCUGGACGGGAGAGCGCUUGGGGGCGAACUGGGGAGGGAGUGAUGGAGCAAAUAAUUUCCCUCCCCUCCCCCCACAAACACUCUCUCUCCACUGCGGACAUGUCCUGGAGGCCAGUCCAACGCCUGGCUUCUUCUGCGCACUACUGUGCAACGGGGCACCCCCAGACCCCCCCCACCUUGCUCCCGGUUCCUGUGUUUCUCCCUGCAGCUCAGAGAGGCACCAGGUUCCCUCCCUCCAUCCCCGGAAUUCGCCCCUCUUCCUCGGCUCGCAGCUGUGACUCUUCCUCUCUGGGGCUCGGACCGCUCUCUCUCGCGGGAGAGGAGGGGUGCCCGGGGGGGGGGGCGCGUCGUCGUGCUCCUGUAGUAGUUUAAUAAAACUCAUAGCUUAAAGACGUGCAAAAAAAAAAAAAUGAUAAGUCUGAUUUCAGAGACUUCAUCUGAAAGUGGGGUUGUGGGGGUGAGGUAGGGUGCAGGACGCUGACCUGGGACUCGCCGUUGGGAUGCGGGAUGGAUCCCGGCUUUUUCCUCUGCAGCAGAGCUCCGCUGCGGUGCCGCGACCUGGAGGUCCGGUUUCGUUUCGUCUCUCCCCCCGAGAAGAUGAUCACCUACCUCAGUCUCAGCAAGAGAAAUGCAGCAAGCAGCACUUGGGCCUGAACCCUCCAGGGAGCGGAGGACGCGAAGCCAGGAGGGGAUUCUCCCUGGAUUGUUUUUGUUGUGGAAACGAACCCCUCACCACGGGACAGAGGGCUGGAUGGACAGCAGCUGACUUUUAUUUAAUUUUAAAACUUGAUUUUUUUUUUUUCGUGGAGGGUGGUGAGGGGGGGGCGGGUGGUUAUGGACUUUCUUACCCCUCGUGGGAUUCCUCGCGCGGAGUGGAGUUCUUGUCCUAGUGGCGGCGGCAGUGAUAUUCCGGCAGAGAUCCGGGGAAGAUGAUGUGGAAUUGUGCGGCUCUGUUGGCAGUGGUGGUGGGGGUGGAGGGGGGCGGGACUUGAGUGGGGGGUGGGACCUGGAGUGAGGUGGUGGGUGGAGAGAGGGGUGGGGCUUGAGGCAGGAGGUGGUCCGGAUCGGGGUGGGUGGAGUCUGAUGCCGGGGAGGGGCGGAGCACGUCUUGGGUUUGCCGCUCAGUGGAAGCCGGUUUCAGGCGUUGGACUGGGAGGCGCUGCCCAGCCUGGGGGGGCACCCGGGUCCGCGGUAGGCCGCGGCUCUGCCGCCGUGGUUCGCGAUCGCGCGGCUGUGUUUCUCUCUGCGCCGCAGAGCCUCACAGUCACGCGAAGCAGUCGGCUCCCUGGGGGAAGAUCCGAGCGCGCGGUGGGGGUUGGAGAGAUCGCUCUGUUGAAUGGGGGUGGUUUGAAAAGUGUGGUAAGAGGAGACCUGCCCCGGUACCACACCUGCUGUAGUGUGUGUGUGUGUGUGGGGGGAGGGGUGGGGGGCGCGUGGGGGUAUUCUGAGAUUGAAGUGAUGCGGGGUACCCUGCCGUGUGUUGGGGGGAGAGGGGGCACUUGCAGUUCCUGCUUGGUGUUUUUUGGGGGGCUGGCGCUGUGGGACGUUGUCCCUGGCUCUCCGUGUUUGCGUCCGGCCCGUUCCAGGCGUGCAGCGUGGGUUCGAGAGGGUGAGGCUCCUCGAUUUGAUCAGACAGGAUCCGGAUUCAGCUGCUCUUCUAAUGGGAGUUUGUCCUCGGGCACGUCGAUAGUGCGGCGUCGCGCUGGAGAUGCGCCCAGCGGGCCGGGCCCGGUCUCCUGCUCUCGCCUGUCGCGGCCGUGUGUCUUGUCCCGAGGCAAAAUGGGCACGGAGCUGGGCCCGGCCCGGUUCGCGGUCCGGUUUCCCGGCCUGGUGGGGUCGCCAGCCCUCCGCUCUGCUGUGUGUCUCCCCCCCUGCCCCCCACUGCUCCAGGUUUUACUGUCGUCUUUUAAAACUAAUCAUGCGGUUGAUGUGUGCUAGUCUGUCUUGUGCGUAGAGCGAACCCGGACCCCCGUUCCCACGGAAACCGGACCCCCCAGAAGCGAUCCUCUGCAGCCGCCCCGCCGUCCCCCCCCCGGCCAGGGGGUCCGGCCGCGUAAUCGAUCCGAGGGCCCUUCACCCCCUGGUGUCCCGCGGGAACGUUUGGACUUCCCCCAGAGCGCUUUCGGGGCUGGGGCCCGUUCCGGAGCUGCAGGAGCCCCCAGAGGGACGCGUCUCCGAGCGCUGGCCACGCCGAGCGAUCCCUACCGGAGCGCCGCGAGGACGGAUCUCCAGCUCCGGCCCUGGUCCGGUCCGGUCCGAGCUCUUCUCUUCUCCCGGGUCGCGCUGGGCUCAAGUGGGCGGCGAGCGGCCCAGUCUGCUUGUGUUCCUGCGUCUUGGUGGUGGGGGGAUGUUGUCCUCUAGGAAAUGGACACCCCCCCCCGGCCCCCAGGCUCUCUCGCUCCCCCCUGCAGCAGGGCCGGCAGUCCCAACUCUGUACUGUACCAACACGCUGUCUGUAAGAAAUGCUGUAACAAAAGAACGAGAACUUGUGUCCGACUGGCUUGGGGGGAAUUCAAAACCACGCAAGUGUUUCCCCAGGUUCCCAGUGUUGAAAGCUAAUAAAAGGUGAAUUCAGCACCGCUGCAAAAUCCA